GAAGGGCUCCCUUUUGUCACCCGGCAAAAUUCCAGACGGAUGACCCAGAUCGUGUUUUUUGCAAAAUUUGGGUACCGUAGUUCCGGGCUUUGCCGCGCCGAUUUGGUGGACUCACAGUCGCGCGGGUAUUCAGCCCGUAUAUUUUCAAUCAAGUCUACAGUGGAUAUGUCAUCUGCCGGUAUCUAGAUUAUCGCAUUUAGGU